AUGGCCAAGGAUGAUGAUCAACCUCCCACGCCUCCUCCUCCUCCUCCUCCUCCUCCCUCAAACGACUACCACCCUGCAAACUCCAUCAGCAACAUCCGGAACGAAGUUCCAGAAAUUCUUGACCGUGACAAAGGGAAUUAUGAUAAUGGUGAAAUUCGUGCUAUUUAUCUUGAAAAUCAAUUUAACAAUCUCUUUGUUGAAAAUUUUCCGGAUGUAUCCUCCUACUGUCAGAACUUGAAGGAAUUAAAAGACCAACUAGCUAAUGUCGGUCAGCCUGUGUCCGAAAGAACCUUAGUUCUUCGUCUCUGUGCCGGUUUAAUCGACUCCGACUAUGAUGGGGUGGCUCAAUCCAUCACUCAAACUCGACCUCUUCCCGGGUUCGAUGAAGCACGAUCAAGAAUCUUGCUAGAGGAGUCCCGCAAAUCUGCCAAGGACAAUUCGGGCCAAGCGUUUGUCGCUCAGGCAAACAACACCACCACCACCACCGCGGGAGCCGCUCAGCAACAACAGCAGCCGUCGCAGCAACAGGGCAGGGGUGGUGGUGGCGGUGGGCGCAGCAACAAGGGCCGGGGUGGAAAGUCCAAGCCAAAGGGCAGGGGUCGUGGCCAGCAGCAGACCCAACAGCAAGCCCAGGCCCAAUCCGCCACUCCACACCAAUCUGGCCCAACGCAGCAGCAACUCUGGGCCAGCUUCCAGCAGUGGGCUCAGCAAGCCACAUGGGCUAGGCCCCCUGCGCCAUUCCCUGUUCAGCAGCAACAACAAUCAAUCUUGGGCCAGCCCAAGUCUCAGCAGGCCUAUGCAGCCCAAUUCGGUCAGCCCAUGACCCCUACAGACUUGGCAGCUUCGUUCUCAACAAUGACUCUUCCAAAUCCCGACAAUCAGUGGUACGUGGAUUCGGGUGCCACAUCUCACGUGACGAAUAAUGCUGGAUCUUCGUACGGGGAACAUAAUAACGAGAUGUGAUAGUUCGGGAGACUUAUAUCCAGUCAAAACAACCAAGUCCACUCCGUCAACCUAUCUUGCUACCUCUCUCAGUGCUGUUUCUCCAUCUACUUGGCAUAGUCGUCUAGGACACCCUGGAGCUCAUUUUUUAGCUAUCUUUAAGUCUAAAAAUCAUAUUUAUUGUAAUAAGGAGCAAGACUCCAUGUUUUUUCAAUUCAUGUCAAUUAGGAAAACAUACUCGUCUUCCCUUUGACAAUUCUAAUAAUACUACUAUUUGUGCUUUUGAUAUUA